GAUAUAUUCCCGGACAUCGGUCUAAGCGCGACAAAACGAAGUUCGGGAGAGGUGUGGCUGAUUUCCCGCGAAAAGCCCCGAGCGAAGCAAAAAUUUCCCGGUCCCCGGUUUGAAUCAACGUGUCUGCUCGAGCUAAGCCGAUUUGCGAUCAUGGGUGGCAAUACCAAACAGGAAAUUGUGCAACGACCGGAGAGCACCGAGCAAAAUCGUACCGACCAGGACGGCAUCGUCGAUCCGGAAUGCCUCAUCAAGCAUCCGCUGCAAUUCCAGUGGACGCUCUGGUAUCCGGAACCGGAUAAGAACAAGUCGUGGGGAGACAACCUGAACGAGGUGGCCACCGUCGGAGCCGUUGAGGACUUCUGGAGAUUAUACAACCAGUUCAAGAGCCCGUCGGACCUGAAGACCGAGUGCGAUUGUUCGCUGUUCGAGCAGGGCAUCCGCCCCAUGUGGGACGACGAGAAGAAUUUCCGCGGCGGCCGGUGGGUGAUCAACGUGCCCCGGCAGCAGCACCACGAAUUGGACAAAUAUUGGCUGGAUACGAUAUUGUGUCGGAUUGGCGAGGUUUUCGAUAAUCCUGAAGAAAUUUGCGGUGCCGUCGGGAACAUUCGCCAGAAGAUGGAUAAAAUUGCGAUUUGAACCUCCACCGUCAUGAACCGGGACGCGCCGAUGCAGGAGAAAGCUGUAAGUCGUUUUUUUUCCACGUCCGAACAAUAAUUGUAAUGAAGGAGAUUGGGUGGGUGAAU